GCGUAUUGGGCAACUAUCAAUGACCUAAGUAACAAAGACCGCUUCCCUUACCUUUUUCGUACGGUUCCCCCAGACCGGUACCAGGCCAUAGCCAUGCUGGACCUGCUUGACCGCUUCAACUGGACCUACGUCUCCAUCGUACACGACACAUCAAAUUACGCAGUGCGCGCCGUCGAGGACCUGACGCGCUUGGUCAAGACGCGCAGCAUCUGUUUAGCCACCACGCAGGUAUUCCCACAUGACGUCACCGACGGGAUUGGAACGUACUACGACGAUAUCGUUUCUGCUUUGCUGCUUAAAUCCACGGCUAGAGUGGUGAUAAUCUGGAGUGAAGAGUUUCACGUUUCCAGAUUGAUGCAAGCCGUUCAGAGGAAGCAUGUAGCAAAUCAUUUCAUCUGGAUUGGCAGUGACUCAUGGAGCGGACGACAGUAUCAGACACUGAACAAUGAAGCAACGUUAGAGGGCGCCAUUACAUUUCACCCGACAACCAAACCAAUAGAUGGUUUUGACCAAUAUUUUACCAGCUUGCUGCCACUAUCCAACCGCCGGAACCCCUGGUUCCUGGAAUACUGGGAGGUCCUGCACAACUGUACCUGGUCCAACACCGAUACCAUCGCCUCUCACAAUCGGGUCGUUCAUCGACCACCGUACCGUACCGUCUUCUCUCGUCGCUGCACGGGAAAGGAACGUCGGAGUCCGCUGCUGGACGACUACCAGCAACUCUACCAGCUGCAGUUCGUGGCCGACGCCCUCCUGGCUUUCGCCUACGCCCUCAGGGACAUGCACGCAGACCUGUGCGGACCGGGAACAAGAGGACUUUGCGAUGGAAUGCGUCCUGUAGAGGGUGAUCUUCUGAAGACGUACCUGAGCAAAGUGCACUUCAGAGGUAUAACGGGUGCCGAGUUGAGUUUUGAUGAAGACGGUGAUGGUCCCGCUCUCUAUACCUUGCUCAACUACCAACAGGUCAGUCCCGGGGUAUAUAAAUACGUCACCAUCGGACAUUACUCAGAUAGGAUCCAUUUGAACGGCUCUCAACCCCAAUUUAAGUUGUCCUCACCAGAAUACCCGACAUCAGAGUGUGGUGUACCAUGCAAACCGUGGGAAGUAAGGGUUGUUCUUGAGGAUAAGUGUUGCUGGCGCUGCGAACCCUGCGGUGACCUCAGUAGUCCGCACUAUCUGGUUGACGAACAGACUUGUGAGCAAUGCGAGGAAGGAAGCAGAACCAAUGCUUCCUUCACAGGAUGUGAUCUGGUACCUGCAGUGCCAAUCCUAGCAACAGGGUGGCCGAUAUUGGUUAUUGUUUUCGCCAUCUUGGGGAUACUCACAACAGGAAUCAUUGGUCUUAUCUUCAUAAGAUAUCGGAUGACACCUCUUGUCAAAGCCUCAGGGAAAGAACUGAUGAGUGUGCUUCUGUUCGGCGUCUUGAUGUGUUACAGCAUGUCUAUCCUGUUCUUCGUUCAUCCGAGUUUCAUAGUUUGCGGGCUGCACCAGCUCUUGAUGUCUCAUGGCUUCACAGUGUGCUACAGCGCCCUCCUCGUCAAGACCAACCGCGUUCAUCGGAUCUUCCAGAAUGGUCGGUCAACACCCAAGCGACCUGAAUUCAUCAGCCCUAUUUCUCAGGUCAUAAUCACCGUCAUUCUCAUCGGAGUUCAGGCAAUACUGUCCGCUGUCCUGAUGGCUGCCAACCCACCUCAUGUUGUGCGAUCAGAAGCCAGCGAUGGUGAAGUCUACCUGGUGUGUCAUUGCUUUGUGGAUCACUUCUCGCUGCUCAACAUGGCUUACCCGAUACUCCUCAUGGUGUUGUGCACGGCGUACGCGUUCCUUACUCGGAAAAUACCCGAUCAGUUUAAUGAAGCCAAGUUCAUAGGCUUCACUCUCUACACCACCUGUAUCGUCUGGCUUGCGAUGGUGCCGAUCUACAUCUUGACAGCAUCUAACCUUAAACUUCGGCUCAUCAGCGUCAGCUUCGCAGUCUGCCUCAGUGCCACUGUCAGCCUCGCGUGCCUUUUCGCGCCCAAAGUCUACAUCAUUCUCUUCAGACCAAAACGCAACGUGCGAAUGAACAACACCACCAUGAAACAUGUCAAGAACUGUCAUCACGUCAUACCUCAAUCUGCUAUCUCACAUUCGUGUAGCAAUGUGGAAGAAUCGACACCUGAUGAUCAUGAACAGGAAAUGCUUUGACAAAGUGACUAUGAAGGGCAUUUUAUUUCGUUUCUUACUUCCACCUGUUAUUGCCUUUAAAAAAAGUCAAAUGCAAGAUUGUCUGAGCACAAAGUCAUUUAUCACGUUUUAAACAAUGGAUCAAUCUUUCACAGACAUUCGUGUUACCUGCGUAGAAAAUUGAACGUCAUGUAUGUCUGUUAGAAAGCUUGUAUUAACAACCAGCUAUUUUUAACACAGGGAUUGGGGGAACGAAUUGCUUCAUAGGCUUUAGAAAAUGUUGUAACCUCAUCCCUGCUAAGGAGGACCGAUGUGAUUAUUUUUUGGAGCAUAAAUUUAGCUACGCCGUUAGUAGCUAUAGGGGGAAUUCAGAAGUCUCUCUUAAAGGACAAGUCCACCCCCAACAAAAAAUUGAUUUGAAAAAAAAAAGAAAAAUAUAACAAA